CGCACCGCCGGCGCCGCCGGUUGACGCACUGAAGCUCUCCUCUCGGACGGAGCGAAACGGCCGGCUCGUCCGUCUGUUCGUCUACCUGUCUAUCCGUGAUUCGUCUCUCCGUCUGUUCACCCGAUUCUCCGUCCAUACACCUUUCCCAUCCGUCUGUUUGCCUGUCUCUCCGUCUAGUGUCCGCACCAGUACCUCGUGUGUAGGCCGUGAUGGGCCACUCACUGCUCCGUCUUGCUGUGCUUCUGGCGCUGGCUAGUGCCGCCCUCGGCUGCACCUGCCGGGAGCCCACAGCCUGUCCAGAGGCCGUGGUGUCCGAGUCGCCCGAGCUCUGUAAGCUGGACGGCGGUCGCCAGGGUGUCUGCUGUCCCACGGAGGCAGUCACCGCGGCCCGGGCGGCGACCGCGCAGGGCUCCCGUCGCGCUCCGUCCCGCACCGCGAGCCAGACGUUCCUGAGCCAGGCCCCGCGCACGGUGAGCACAAGCGGCGGUGAUUUGGGCUCGCUACCGACCGGCGCCCGUCGACUCCUCACCAAGUUCCCGCUGGACUCGGCCGACCAGAGGGUGCCCCAGCAGACGGCCAGGUCGCGCAGGCCGGGUCAGUUCAGUGCGGCCGUUCCUGAUCAGACCGCCCUGUUCUCUGUCCGGGCCAGACAGUCUCCCCGGGAGCCCAGCGGGACCACACGACUGAACGCCCUCAAUGCGCGGACUUCCCCAGAGGCACAGCGCAGCGCGGCGCGCUCCCUGCGGACCCUGCAGCGCGUCCAGGCCAGAGCGGCCUCCGCGGCUCCGCGCACCACGCGGCCGCCACGCGUCACCCGGCCGCCGCGGCUCCUGACCUCCAGCCUGCGUCGGAUCGGCAUCCCCACAUUGCCCUCAUUCAGUCCAACUAACUUCCGUAAUGUCCGCGCGCCCCGGGCCGGACUCAGCAUCCAGGGGCCGGUCGGUGUCUGCGUACCUGAGAAGCCGCUCAAUUGCAACAGCGGCACUCCUCACCGUACCUACGACGGUAGCUGCAACAACCUGUAUCAGACGCACUGGGGCCGGCGGCUGCGCGGUCUGCGCCGUCUCUUCGACAGCACCUACUGGGACAGCGUGUACUCGCCGCGGAUCCACUCUGCGGCUGGCGGUCUGCUGCCGAGCGCCCGGCUGGUCAGCGCCCAGGUGAUGAGUUCCAGCAGCGUGCAGCACCAGCUCUUCACCACAGCAGUGACCGUGUUCGGUCAGUUCGCCGAUCACGACCUCUCCAUAUCUCCCAUCUUCCACCGGAGCGGAGGAUACGGCUCGACCAGCCCGAUCGAGUGCUGCGAGCCCAACCACCAGUUCCCGGCCCAGCCGCUCCAUCCGCAGUGUUUCCCCAUCCCCGUGGCCGCCAACGACCCGUUCUACCAGACCUGGAACGUGCGCUGCCACAACUUCGUACGCAGCAUCCCGGCGCCGGACCCGCAGUGUCUACCGCGGCCGGCCACGCAGCUGAACGACAUCACCACCUGGUUGGAUCUGUCGCAGGUGUACGGCUCGGAGGGUCAGCAGGCGCGCGGUCUGCGCACCAGUACCGGCGGGCGGCUGAAGACGAGUACAGGGAACCUGCUGCCGCGCCAGCCGCCCCCCUCGGGCGAGUGUGUCAGCGGCAUCUGUUUCCUGGCCGGCGACACGCGUGCCAACGAGAACACGCUGCUGACGCUGCUACACACGGUGCUGGUGCGCGAGCACAACCGGGUGGCGGCGGCGCUGGCCGCGCGACACACGAGCUGGAGUGACGAGCGUCUCUACCAGCAGGCGCGGCGCAUCAACAUCGCCCAGUGGCAGCACAUCGUCUACCGCGAGUGGCUGCCCACCAUCGUCGGAUUCCAGUACGCCAACAGCGUCGGCCUGCGCGGCUUCGGCCGGUACACCUACACGCCAGCCCUGCGGCCCGACAUCAGCACCGAGUUCUCCACUGCGGCCUUCCGUCUUCACUCCCUGGUGCAGGGUGUCAUCAGCCUGGUCACCCAGCACGGCACGCUGCAGCGCCAGCUAAAACUCACCGAGAACUACUUCCGACCCGACUCGCUGGUGAUUACGAGCCUGUUCACCAACAUGGCACGCGGCAUGACCCAGCAGCGGCCUCAGAGCUUCGACCGGCGGUUUGUACAGGCCGUGCGCGGCGACCUGUUCAAGUUCGGAGCGUUCGGGUUGGACCUGGUGGCGGCUAACAUUCAGCGGGGCCGGGAUCACGCCCUGCCUACCUACGCCACCGUGGCUGCCGCCUGCGGCUCCCGCAGCAUCACCGGCUGGUUCAGCUUCCUCAGCUUCAUGGACUGGGCGGACGUGUUGCGGCUGAAGAAGGUGUACGCCCACUGGCGGGACGUCGACCUGUUCGCCGGUAUCAAUCUCGAGAAGCGGGCGCCGGGAGCCAUGGUCGGCCCCACCGCCCGCUGCGUGAUCGCUGACCAGUUCCUGCGGCUGCGCUACGGCGACCGCUUCUUCUACGACCAGGCCGGCCAGGCGGGCAGCUUCAGCUGGCAGCAGCUGCAGCAGCUGCGCCGCUCCUCCAUGGCGCGCCUGCUCUGUGACAACGUGGGCGCCGGCUUCGACAGCGUCCAGCCGCUGGCCUUCAUCAGGCCCAUCCCACUGCUGAACCCCGUGGUCGACUGCCAGUCCUACCGCAUACCCAAAGUCGACCUCAGCAUAUUCUGAGCGGUCGCGGCGCUUCGUAGAGCCAAAGGGGUGUUUUUAUAUUGGGUAAGAAUGAAAUCACCCUUGAAAUCACGCCAUAAUCGUCGGAUAAUCUACACCACCAAGGUGUGCGUGAACCUAGCUUUGCGCAGUAUAAUGAAUGACAGCCUGCGUCAGGAGGGAAUGAAGUUGCUACACAUUUUAUAAGGGCAGAUUUUUGUAGGGUACCACCCGAAUUUCUUCGCAAUGGCAGGCUGGCUCUUGCCACAGCAAGAGGAGUCUUCAACUGAUUUUCUAAGCACAUGUGUAUUGUGUUUGCACUGUCUGCUAUAUUUACAGAUCAGGCAAUGAUAACGAUAUCGGUGUGGGUAUGACGGUGUCUUCGAAAUAAACAUGCGUCU